GAGUCGUAGUCUUGAAGACUAAUGUAGAGCAUACAAAUAAGAAAAAGCAAAAUGCUUGAAGAGUUCAUAGUUCAAAUUUUAUUCAUGUUUUGAUUUUUCAUUUAAAAUUUUAGAAAUCACGUUAUUCAAUACAUAUUAAUACCAUUAAUAUUAAUGAUUUUCAAAUAACCUGCAUAGCAGAGCAGUAUUUUAAAUUGAUAAUUGACCAAUAUGUUACCUGGGAAAUUAGCGUUUGUGACUGGUAAUAUUUUAUUUUUGUGUUUCAUAGAGAUAUAAGAAUUAACUUAGUUAAUUUUAGGAGCGGGAGGUGGUAUUGGUCGAGCGGUUUGUCAUCUGAUGGCUCGAGAAGGUGCUACAGUAGUAGCUGCAGAUCUUAACCUAAAUAAUGUAGAGUCCACUGUUGCUGACCUAACAGGUACCUACGCAGGUAAUAUUAAAAAUCUAUUAGUGAUAAAAAUUAACCAAAAUAUAUUAUUUAGGCAAAGGUCACAAAUCCUAUCAACUAGAUGUGUCUAAUACGGAGUCUGUAAGUAGUGUUUUGAAACAAGUUUUUACUGAUUACUCUGCUCCGCCGACUGUAGUAGUAAAUGCUGCAGGAAUUACCAGAGACAAUUUUAUGUUGAAAAUGUCUGUUGAGGAUUUUGAGAGUGUGUUUAAUGUUAAUGUAAAGGUAAAAUAAUACAGAUGUUAAUUUAUAUUCAAUGUUUGUAGUUAAUGUAGAAAUAAAAUCAAUACAUUUAUUAAAAGGGAACUUUCCUAGUUACACAAACAAUUUGUAAGGAACUGGUGGAGAAAAAUUUAUCUGGUUCCAUAGUGAACAUAGGAAGUAUAGUUGCUCAACGUGGUAACAAAGGACAGUGUAAUUAUGCAGCUAGUAAGGCAGCAGUCGAAGUAUUCAGUAAGACAGUAUCAUUAGAAAUGGCACGGUUUGUUGAAUAUCUAUCCUAAAUAAUAUAUACAAAUUUUAUAUGUUUUUAUUUUAACUGUAUUUUUUUUCUAUUAGAUACAACAUUAGAUGUAAUACUGUGUUGCCUGGUUUUACGGUCACCCCAAUGACUGAAAUUAUUCCUGACAAAGUAAAAGAAUAUUUCAAAUCUGUCAUACCCUUGAAUAGAUUUGCGGAAUCUGAUGGUAAUAAUUAUUAUUGAACUUGAGAUAUGUAUUAAUAUAUUGCUUGAAAAAAAGUAUACAGACUUUCCCAUGAAGGUGAUAUACCCCUUGAAUAUCUCCGGAGAUAAUAAAGAUAAUCAAAUUCUGGUUUUUUUUCAUAUUACUCAUAGGGAUAAGGACUAAAAAUAUUUAUACAUUUUUCAAAAAUAAUAAAAUAAAGUUAUUAAAAAAAAAAAAAUUAGUUCAAAUAUAAGUAUUUGAAGUCCUCAUCCCUGUGAGUAAUAUAAAAAACAUAAUUUUAUUAUCUUAAUUAUCCGGAGAUAUUCAAGGGGUAUAUCUUCAUGGGACAGCCUAUAUGUAUGAAUUAGGUUGGUAAUAUAUGUAUAUUGCAUCUAGGAAAUAAAACAAGAAUGUUUAGUAGCAGAAUUAUAAUUCUUGAGGUGUGUGGAUACAAUUUUUUUGGAGGUUCUUUAUUCACAACUUAUUGAAAAUGUAUUUAAUAAUCUGGGUACAUUAAAAAAAUUAAGAUAAAUAAUAAGCAUAAUAAUUAAUAAUUAACAGUAUUUUAUUGAGCUAGGUACCUAUAAUUUAUGUAUAUAAAUUACAUAAACUAACAUUUUGUACUUAUUUUCAAGACAUCAACGAGUUGAAAAUUUAAUUUAAUUUAAUUUAAAUUGUUAAUUUUGGGUUUCUGUUAACUUAUAUUAAUUAACGUAAAAUCAAAAAAUUAAAUUUUCAUUUUAAGAAUUUAAGUUAAUUUUUAGAUUUGGGAGGUUUGUAGUAAUUUAUUGGUUUUACUGUUUUUUUAUAAAUCAAUUUUGUCUUCAUAUUGAAAAAAAAAUUCAGUUAAUAUUAUACUUUAAUAUAGUCAUGGUUGACUAUUGUCUUUUACACUCGCAUGUACAUACACCAAUAGUAUUUGUAUGUUUUGAAUAAAUAAAACAACUUAUGUACUUUUAACUUUAAAGUAUUAAUAUAUUAUUAUUUAUUACUUAGUAGUGCAGAUAGAUAUAUACUAUAAAAACCUAUUAAAUAUUUACGGCAAGAUUGUAUCUUAAAAAUUACAAAAUUGUGCUCUUAAAAAAAAAAAAAAUAUAAUUUAUUUUAAUUAUAAUACAUUAAAACUUCCCUUAAACGGUCACACCAAUGUAAAUUUAUGGGUUAUUACUAAAAAAUAAAUAAAUAAUGAAUGUGUUGCCUGAAGUAUAAAAUCACAAAGUAAAAAAGUAAAACUGAAUGCAUUCAUUCAUUAUUUAUUUGUUUAUUGAUAUAUUUAACAAUUUCUACCUUACAUAAUGUAGCCCAGUCUUCACUAAAAGUUAGACACUUCAGAUUUUACUGUAACUGUUUACAAAUUAUGUACUGUAUCUUAUAAACUGUUAAAUUAAAUAAUACAGGGGAUUUUUUUUACCAUGCACCUGCAAUUUUCUCUCAGGAUAAUUUUAAGUGAAUUUGAUUUCUGCUUAUUUUUAAUCAUUGUGAUUUGAAGUACAAAAGUAUGUAAGGUAUAUGUAGUAGGGAUAAAAAGUUAAAAUGAUUUUAAAAUAAAACCUAAACUAUUCCACAAUGAUUAAAAAAAUAGUAAUCAAAUUCACUUAAAAUUCUCUGAGAUAAUUGCUGUUUCAUCAUAAAGAAAAAUCACUGUAUAAUAGGUUUUAGAAGUUUAACGAAGUUUUUAUAAAAUCCUACUUUUAUCUAUAUUUAUACAGUUCUACAUCUGAGUAAACACAAAAUAAUAUCUAGUUCUUAAAGUAAUUAUUUUUAAUAAAUAUAAUUUUCGUAGAAAUGAUUUACUGUUUAUAUAAUUAGUUGCACACUGUUUAAUUUAAUGUUUUAUUUUUAUUUGCAGAAAUUGCUGAGGUCGUAACAUUUUUAGCAUCUGAAAAGAGUUCAUACAUUACUGGUACUUCAAUUGCAGUUAGUGGUGGUUUUUAAUUAAAAAAGUUCAUAAUUUAAUGUAGAAAGUGGAAUACAGGGGUAGUUUUAAUUGAAUUAAACAAUAAAUAAUUGCACCCAAAAAAUAAUUUUGAGUAAAGCAUAAAGCUACAAUUUUCUUAGAAUUGUUUAUAUUUUUAUGGCCCGACUGAAAAUUUAAAACCAUAUUUCUAUAAAGCUGUGAUUCUCAAACUUUGUUCCACAGUGCUAUAGAACUUUAGGAAAGUGGCAUAUAUCAAUACAUCAUUAAAUUUGUUUUAUUCGCGGAUCACUCGGUUUAUUAGAAACAAGGCUAAAUUAUAAAAUUUGUUUAUUUGGUAAAUAUAUAUAUUUACUAUUAAUGUAUUAGUACAAUACAAAAUUACCAACAUUUUCAUGGCAAAUGACAAAACUCUACCUUUUUUUUUUAAUGAAAUUGAGCUGAAUACAUUUCUUAGCCUUACUUUGUUAAAAUAAUAAUUAGAGUUAGUUGAUUGAACUAUUGAAUAAUUAAUAGUUUUACAAAAUAUACAAAUAAAUUGGCAUUCUGAUUAUUAAUGCUCCCUAGAUACUUUUUACCGACAUAAGGGCUCCGCAAACAAAGAAAUUAAACUGAACCAAUGGUUUGUGUUCAAUUUAAUAUAUUAAAAAAAAAAAAAAAAAAAAACUUUGAAAUAGAAUUAUUAGUUUUAUAAAAAUUAUUAAUUUGCUCAAUAUCCAAAAAAGGCUGAGGUAGUAUAAAUAAUUAUACUUGUUAUGUUAUUUUAUAAACAAAAUAUAUGUAUACAUGAUACAACGUAUGUAUAUUAUAUUUAUGACAAAAUAUAUGAUAUGUAAUGUGUUUACAUAAAAAUCUUAUGUUUGAUACUGUUUUAUAAUUUUAUAAUACUAAUAUAAAU